ACUAGGACCUAGGAGGCGUCUCAUCCACCCUGGCAGGAAUUUCUUGCUUGGAGCGCAGACAACAAAGGCAGAGUGAGCCUGCUUUUCUUUCUCUGAGCAUCUCCACCCUGCACGCUGAAAACCGCUUCAGAUCUUUAGGGUUCACCAAACUAUGGAACUUGAUUUUGGACACUUUGACGAAAGAGACAAGGCGUCCAGAAACAUGCGAGGCACACGGAUGAACGGCUUGCCCAGCCCCACUCACAGCGCUCACUGUAGCUUCUACAGAACCCGGACCUUACAGGCGCUCAGUAACGAGAAGAAAGCCAAGAAGGUUCGUUUCUAUCGCAACGGGGACCGCUACUUCAAGGGGAUUGUAUACGCCGUGUCCUCCGACCGCUUCCGAAGUUUUGAUGCCCUCCUGGCGGACCUGACCCGGUCCCUGUCCGACAACAUCAACCUGCCUCAGGGAGUGCGCUACAUUUACACCAUCGAUGGCUCGCGGAAGAUCGGCAGCAUGGACGAGCUGGAGGAAGGGGAGAGUUACGUCUGCUCGUCCGACAACUUCUUCAAGAAGGUGGAGUACACCAAGAACGUCAACCCCAACUGGUCUGUCAACGUGAAGACCUCAGCCAACCAGAAAGCACCUCAGUCCCUGGCCAGCAGCAACAGUGCCCAGGCCAAGGAGAACAAGGAUUUCGUGCGUCCCAAGCUGGUGACCAUCAUCCGCAGCGGGGUCAAGCCGCGCAAGGCCGUGCGCGUGCUCCUCAACAAGAAGACAGCCCACUCCUUCGAGCAGGUCCUCACUGACAUCACUGAAGCUAUCAAACUGGAGACAGGGGUGGUCAAAAAGCUCUACACCUUGGAUGGGAAGCAGGUGACCUGUCUGCACGAUUUCUUCGGGGAUGACGACGUGUUCAUCGCCUGUGGCCCCGAGAAGUUCCGCUACGCGCAGGACGACUUCUCCCUGGACGAGAGCGAGUGCCGGGUGAUGAAGGGGAGCCCAGCAGGGGCCACGGGCAGCAAAUCCUCCCCCACCCCUCAGAAGAGCUCGGCCAAGAGCCCCGCGCCCAUGCGCCGCAGCAAGUCCCCGGCCGAUUCAGGUAACCACCAAGAUGCCAACGGGACCUCCAGCAGCCAGCUGUCCACCCCCAAAUCCAAGCAGUCCCCGAUCUCCACGCCCACCAGCCCCGGCAGCCUCCGGAAGCACAAGGACUUGUACCUGCCUCUGUCUUUGGAUGACUCGGAUUCCCUGGGAGACUCCAUGUAGAGUGAAAUGUCCACCUUGCAUUUGGGAUACAGCAAAGUACCUCUGCCACACAAGCAGAUCGGUGACUGGUGCUUUCAAGUCAAAGGACACACGGUUAAAUGUCAUUUUUGUUCUGUGAUUUCUCCUCUCUGUGCCACAAACCAACACCUGCCAGUCUAUAGAGAUAGAGGGAUACCAUUCUUCUAAGUCACAGGGGUGCAAAAUGGGCAUUGUGAGAAAUUUGGGGCCUCCGUGCCAAGGAUUCUGUGCAUUUCCCAUUUUCUUCUGUUGUUUCUUCUGCUGCUGCAACCAUGUGGUUUUCCCAGUGUUAGUGAAGUAGUUUCCCUGGAGGUGUGCAGAUGGACCCCUUGCUGAGCAGUUUGCAAGCUGGAGCAGGGCAGAUGAUGUUCUCCACCUGUGCAAACUGCCAGCUCACCUGCUUCUCAUUCACAGCCCCACUUUUGGCACCUGCACUCUAAAGAGUCUUGGUUUUAUUGUGGAGGACAGGAAGGGAAUUUCUAGUUGUAUGCCUAAUAUGCCAGCAGAAGCUUGGAUGAGAUUAGGAAUGAUUGUGUCAGAUGCUAAGUAAGGUUAGUACAACAAUUCAAAUUAUUCAAAUAUUGUUUGGGAUUAUUUUUAAUGAUUAAGCAAAAAACCAUAAAUCAGCUGAGUUAUCUGGAGUAGAACACCUUCCACAUGCAGUGCUGCUAGCUGAUAACAAAUAUUUAUACCUCCCCUAUGGUAUCUCUCUAUCUCUGUUUGUAACAGUAAUGCCUUGUGAACAGCCAACACUGAAAACACUGUGAGAAUUUGUUUUCAGGUUUGACACCCUAUAGGUCACUUUUUAUAGCAAAAAAAUCAAUACUCUUUUUAUAAUGGAAAACCUUUUAUCUGUGUUUUGGGAGUAAGGAUUCAAGCUCCUUCUUUUUUAUAAAAGCUGGUAGUUUUCUUUUGCUUAAAAAACACGUUCAGAAAAAAAAAAGUACAAAAAAAACCAACCACAACUGCAGAACAAUAAUAACAGCAAGUCAAUUUAGAAAUCUUGUCAUCACUGCCAAAACAGACACGUGUAGGGGGGGAAAAAAUGGUCAAUUCAAAAUAUUGAAUGUUUUGAUAGUUUUUGUAAUGUUUAAGACUACGUAUUUGGUUUUUUACACUUCAGUAUUCCUAACUAUGGCCAGAUUCUCUACUUAUAUAACAAAUGAAGUUUUGUGGUGUUCUAAAAACUUGUAUUUUAAGAAACUCUUCUAUCUGAGAAAAACAAACUCGCUGUAUUUAGAGAAGCUUUUGCUUUUAUUAAUCAGUAAUGCCUCCUCCAGAAUGCAAAGUUCAUCUCCUCACGCAGGGCUGGUGGUUUUUACUGCGCCAAAGCUUCGUCCUAGGCCAGCUGCCAUUGCCUCCCUCCCUCAUGGAAUAAGCUUUGAUGAAACUGAUUCUUGCAGAACUUUACCUAAAUGAAAUCUGUGCAAUCAAGCCUUUCUUUGUUGCUCUAUUUGCUUUUUUUCUAUUUUUUUUUUCCCCAACGUAGACACCUACUCCCUGUUGCCUUGCAACCCCUUGUGGUUAGGAUGGAUUUUAUCCUUGUGAUGUUUGAUGCUCCAUGAAUGCUGGGUUGUUCCCAAAGCCACUCCACGUUUUGUUUGCUUGCAUUGCUGGGAUGAAACAAUCUGUGCAGGCUGCAUCUUUCGAGGCUCGUGUGACCAUACUUAUAAUGCAACUUUUUAAAAGAGAUUUACCAGAGAGAGGCCAGGAUUGGGAAUUGUCAAGGGGUCAGAGUUAUCAUGCACCAAAUUUGCACCCAGUAGUCUUAGUGCAUGAUCAUUUACAGCCAGAGUUUUGCACAAGGAGCCAUUUGUUCUCACUGAUAGCUUCAUUGGAUUGAAUAACUCUCUGCCUGCACAACUGCUAAAUGGUCAUUUUAAAUAUUGUAAAUAGAGUCCUGGGGUUAGUUCACAGGCUAAGGGCUCGUUGAGGGUUUGUGGGGGGAAGGAUGGUGCUGUGGACAAAGCUUGGGUGCAGCAGUCAGCACGCCUCUCAGCCCUUGGCAUUGCUGAAUUUUGUGUCUGAAUGGGAGCAGGUCUCUGAGUAACCCUGUGCCUCAAUCUGUCUGUCUGUCCCUGCAGGGACAGCUCUGUUCUACCUCACUGGGGGUUGUGAGGCCAAAUGUUGGUUAACAUUUGUCAACUGUGCUUUCAGAUCCUCUAACAGAAGGUGCUGAAAUAUUCUGGGUGCAGAUUUGGUUAUGGGUGCUAAUUUUUGGCUGUUUAAUCCUGUGAGUGCUACUGUUGACAUUGGUCAUGAGCAAAUAACUUUCUUAAGCAUAAGGAUGUCAAAGGCCUUGGUUAUGCUAAUAACAAUAUCAUUCAUCAGAGCUUUUGUCCUAGGGAAAGCUUUAGUGGGACAGGUAACUUGACAUGCUUUUACCCUCUCCUCUGUUCUGUUGGUGGAAAUCUCAGAGUCCCCAUCUGAGUCUCUGCCUCUCCAGGGACCCUGAGCAGUCACCAUGGAUGGAGUGGAGCUGCAGUCCAGGGUGUUGUCACACGGUGGCAGAGGCCAUUCCUGUCACAGUCGGGGUGAGCCUGUCCUGUCCUGCCAGCUUUCCUCAGAUAAACCAGGAGACCAGCCAUGCAGUCCCACCCAGGUUCUUGUGCUGCUCAGUGCAGGACACUCACCACAGCUCCACCAGGAAACCCAAAUCUGGGCUGCCCUCUGCUCAGCAGCCUGAGCUGUGGUGGGAGGAAAGGAGUCUGGGAGAUGGUCUCAGCCAGUUUGUGUAAGAGAAAGCAGGAUCCCAAGGGAGGAAUGAUCCUUUGUUGGGAUGGUUGUUGAGAAGGGGUUCCUUUUCUUCCUGCCAAAAGCUCUGUUUGGUCAUUUGGAGAUGCUUUCCCUGGUGGAGCAUCACUGAGGAAUCACUGAGCUCUCCCUCCUGAGCUGCACCUGGUGACAUCUCAGACCUGAUCCUGCCAGCUUUCCCUUGGGAAUGCAGCUUUGUUUGCAUGAGGAUCAUCCUGUGGUGGGGCUGAGCCCAGCAAUUCCUUCAGGGAAUUAGGGGGACCUUGAAAAGGCCUAAAAGGAUUAAAAUAAAUUGUUCAGUGGGAAAAAUAGCCAUUCAAACCAGCAGAAGCCACAAAGAAAACAGGGUAUGAGGUCAGACUCCCAAGUUUUAAGAAGCAAUUUUCUAGGUAGAAAUGCCUGGGCAGUAGAAGUCAGUGAGCAUUUCAGCUGUAGCAUAGAGUGAAGUCUGUAUUAAUGCCAAUAUUGCAUGAGUUCUUGUACAGAAAUGCAUGUGGAAUGUUACAUACAUUCAGAGCUAGUUAUCUUUGCCUUUUUAGGAUCCCUCAUCUAGAUUUGAAUACAAAGAGAAACAGUGCACAGGCAUCGGACCUUAGUUACUGAAACAGAAGAACAGUUGUGAUUCGGGAAAAAACCCUAAAGCUUUAAUUUUAGCACGUGCUUUACUCCUGUUGGCUUUUCAUGAGAUUAAGCUUGGGUUUGGUCAGAAAGCUUUCCUGAACUGCUGUGAAUUAGUAAUUACUUCCAAUUUACUAUGGCAAUUCCAGACCCUGUGAGAUCCUGGAGCAGAUGAUAGUAAUUCCACUAUACACUCCACAGUUCACCUUUCAUAUUUAUUUUUUUUAACAUUUACAAGCACAUAAAGCUCCACAUGAUAUGAGGAUUUGCCAUAUUAAUUCUGCUAUAAAACCCCUGUCUAAUUUGCCUCAUGAGGCUGCCUUUAGUGCUUUCAGAGACUAAUUGAAUCACUGAGACUAUAUUGUUUUAAAACAAUACAGUAUUUAAAAACAAAUUGGAGAAACUCUUAAAGUAGCAGGGCUUUGUUUCUUUGAAAUCUGUCUUUAUUCAGAAUAAUUUAGCAAAUUUGCAUAUUAAGAUGCCUGUUUCAGACACAGUCCUUAGGAAGGAAUAGUACAGGCAGAAAGGUUUAGCAUUUUUACACUCAGGUGAUGGUCUUGACUGUAGAAGAUGAGUAAUGCAGCAAAACCUUCAGCCUUGGGAUUUUUAUCACUUGUAAAGCAUUUAUAAUCCUGAAGUUUCUGGUUUAAAGCCUCAUCUGGUGUAUGAUUUGGAGCUAGUUCAGUUCCACCAGCUAAAUAUCUUGAAGUGAUUUGGAAAGAGUUUGAUAAUGAGAUUUUACGACGUGGUGGGAGUUGGAAGCAGCUUUUCCCUACCACUGUCUGUGUUUCCAAUAUCUGCACAUUAUUUAUGGUCUUCUCAGGAGCUAGAAACCCUAACUGUGUUAUUUCCAUAGAUAAUAGAAGAAUCCUGCUUAGAAAACAACUUCCACAUCUCUCUCACCCUCAGCUAACACACGUGGCCAUACAAAAACCCACACGCUUGGUCGAGCUGCUAUUUCUCUCUCAUUUGCUUGUUCAGUACUUUUGAAGGGGAAAAAAAGGAGGCAGAACCAAAAGUUGUGGCAAACAGCAAAGCAGUGUCACACCCAGGCAUUUCCAACGGGAAGCAAGGGCAUUGAAGUGUUCAUUUCUCCUUAUCCAUGUGGAUAACAUUUCCUAGGAUGCCUUGCCUUUGCCUUUUCAUGCCUUUGAGGGCAGUGCUGCUCAUCCUGCUGCUUCCCAGCACAGCCCGUGGGGGUGCUCUGGGAUUCCAGGCUGAAUCCCCACCCAGACACUGUUCCAGGGACAGCCAUCCCUGGAAGUGAUGAUUUCUCUGCAGGGGUCCAGUGUGGAUUUUGCAGCCUGAGCCUCCCCCAGUGUGCUGAGAACACUGGAGUGAUUUUGUGGCUGACCUCCGUGGUGCCCCACAGCCAUGCAAAGCAACCAAGGGUUCCCUUCCGCUGUAGUAGAGGCAGAAACAUUUUUAGGGAAAGGGAUAAAAAAUAGCCAAGUAAAGAAGAUAUAAAAUUAGCCUAGGAAGUGUCUCCUCAAGCUAAGACAAUCCAUAACCAGAGAACAGCUCUGUAGAGGUGUGUGGCAAACACACCAGGUGCUGAUCAUGGCCAUGAUGGAAUAAAACAGCUUUUUUUUUUUUCCACGUGGUGACUUAGGCUCCAGGUCAAUUUUCUGGUUGCUGAUGACAGGCUGGGACAGUGUUUGGGACUGGUGAGGUUCUUUGUAGAAGAAGCAAAUGGGUGGCACGAGAUGAGGAUCUUUUUUCUGUGUAUCUAAAGAGUCAGGCCAGUCCAUGCAACAGGAUGAGUGCUCUACACAAGACCCCUGGAAGGAAUCCAGCUGGAAACCCACCCUAGUGUGAUGAGAACAGGAAGGUGAAGACUUUAAGUGCCUUCUAACAUCCCUUGGGCUUCAGAAGCAGGACUGUGCAUGUGCCCAGCAAGGCCUGAGGUUCAAUGGCCUUAACCAAAGGAGACAGGGCAAUUUUAAUUCUUGAGGUAUUUAGCACAUCUCUUGAAAAUUGCUGUCUCCAGAAUCACAGAAUUCUUCUGUCCCAUCUGCAUGAAUCUGAGCCCCUCCACAGUACCUCAGGAAAUGUAAAAGCUGAGUCAUGUGUCUCACAGGACACAAGACUGCUCCUCACUGUGGAGAGAACAGGGCUGGGUGCUGCUGCAGUGGCUCUUGAUUCUGCUGUUCAGAUGUUCUUCAUCUCCUCCUCUGCUCCUGGCUCGAGAGCUGCUUUCUCCUGGUGCUGCAGGUGAAGGGCUGGGAGCAGCAAUGUACAGACCCCUCCUUGCUUUGUUUUGUUUCCUCUGGAACAGUUCCAGUCAGUGAUGACUGAAGGUCUGAGGCCAAGGUGACAAACCCACGUUUUAACAGGGAGAGGGGAGAUUUUCAGGGAAUAUCAGUAGGUGGGUGGAAAGACUUUUUCCAGCAGUGCCAUUGCACAGCUGUUCUGACAGCAUCCCAGCUGCAGGGCAGGUGUGAGUACUACACCUGCAGAGGGAAAUGUGGAGUUUUGGGGUCACAGACCACUCUCCAUCCCUUGGGACACUGCUUAGAGGAGGUCAAGCACAUCAACACCUAUAUUUGGCCAACAGAUGAGCUUCUGAGCAAAUGAGAAUCAAACUUAGUGGAUUCAGCAGCGGGUUUCAGAGCUGUUGGGAUGUGGCACAACUCUGGACAGGUCACUUCUUCUUGUGCCAGUGCACAGAGGGCUGGUCCCAAUACUUCCCUCCACCUGUAGGGUGCUUUAAGAUAAGCUGCUACUAAGAGCUUGAUUUUAAAAUGUAUUCAUUGCUCAGCAAAGUCUGAACAUGUUACAGGAGCAAACUGGCAAGUCUCUCACAGAACUCUGACUCUCUCAAAACUCUGCUGUAAAAAUGCUGAAGUAUUUCAGUCAUAGGGAAAGAGAGACACCUCAUUUUUAGUUUGCCAUUGAAACCAUUGGGGAGCCAGCAACAUCCUGGGAGGAAGGAGAUAGCCUGAUCCAGCAGCCCAUUUCUCUCCUGCCUGAAUACAGCCCCCACUGCCCCUCUUUUUGUUAGAUGUACGUGCACAUAUCAGGGGCAAUUUGUCCUAGUAGUCAAAAUAUGGGCCUUCUGUUUACAAACAGUGAAUAAGCCUAAUUAUUUCAGUGGCUUUCUACCAGGAAAACAGUGGGCCAGGUGUUGAAAACCUUGUUCAGAAAGUGUUUGUGGCCAGAUGUCCACAUGGGAGAGAGCAGUGUCCUUGCUUAGUGCACUGAACUCACCUCUUGUGACUCUUUAUCUCCCUGAACUCAGGGCUCUUGAGCCUCUUUGGAGGCUCCCUAGGUCUGACAGUUUAUCACUGAAACUGAAGAAAAAGGAGGAUGCCCAAAGGGAAUUACCAAAUCUUGGCAGUAAUUAAUCUGUCAGCUGAAAAAGAGAAAGCUGGCAUCACCAGGGAAGGAUGCCAUGAUGGAAAACACAGGGCAGGAAGGGGAAAGCCUGUUCCUUAGAGGAAUGGUGGGGGAUGUUUGUUAGCAGGUAGGCACUGAGUCAUGGAAUGAGCUGGAGCUUCAGAGAAAAUGCAGUGGCAGGGAGAGCACGAGGCACAGCACUGGAGAUGUCAGUGCCACUGAUGUGUGGGAAUAAUGAAAGACAAAAGGAAGAAAUUCCAGGGACAAACAGAGAAGGAGGCUGGGGCUAGCUGAGGAUCUGUGGCUGGGUGUGGAUGGACAGAAGAGCAGCAGAGCUCCUGGCUGUUUGUUGAGUCAUGUCCCUGCAGGGACCUAGUCCAGGGGGGUGUCUGUCCCUCAGUCUGUCCCUCUCCCCUUGGCAGGAAUAAGGCCAGACCUGGCUGCAGGCAGGAGGACUUGGAGUGAGGCUCCUUCCCUGCUGCUGUUUGACUCUCCUGCCAGCAUGUGCCAUCCCUCAGAGGGACAGGGAAUAUCCAGCCCUGUGCUGAAGGACAGCACCAGGCUGUGGGCUGGGUUUAUUUACCCUCCUCCCUGUGUCAGAUCAGAAACAGCAAUCACUGAUCAGCACGCCCUAGCCUGGGGAGGACAGACCUGGCACUCUGGGGGGUGUGAGAGAACAAUGAGGGCACCUCAGAGCCUCCCACCCCUUCCCACAGAGCUCAGCAAACUCUGGGAAGGGUGGCAGCCAGGGUGAAAAGGCAGGAGAGACUCCUGGGGGAGGGUUUGCUGUGUGGGCACAGAGGUGAUGCUGAUCUUGCCCAGGAAAUGCCCAGCCCCUGUGUGAGAGCUGCUGCAGCCACACAGCGAUGGGAAGUCUGUGCUGAACAAGGGCACCUGUGUUUGCACUGCUUUCCUCAUGAGAUCUUUUUCCUAAGUUCACUUGAGUUGCUUGUGAAUUUAAUCCUAAACCACAAAAUAACUGACUCAUCCAAACACUUUCUUGCUGUACAGUCUCAGAUUUUUUUUGAUGUUGUUGCAUAAAGAUUGCAUCUCUUUUAUUUCCAUAAAUUCUCAGACACUUAAUAUAAUGCAAAUGGAACCCAAUACACCUAAUUUUCUGCUGUUUUAACCAGGCAGAAGCUCCUCUGUAAUUAAUUUAUGAAUCUAUUUGGUCCGAGCUUGGGCUCCUGUUUCAAAGAUUGAUUACUGUUGAUAAUUCUUGUGUGAUUGAUUACUUGAGUGCAGAUUCAGUUUCCAGGGUGACAGCUGCAGCCUUUGCAGAGAAAACCUCACUGACCCCAGUUUUCAAGUGAUCUCUUGUAUGGACCUUGAAUAGCAAGUUAUAGAUGGGAGAUAUUUUGUACAGUUUAAUUAUAGUUACUGAUAAAGCUGAAAUAGUUUGCUGGAAUACCUUAAAAGUUUUAGAAUUGACAAUUAAACAAGGAACCUCAGCAAAUCAGGGCCUCCUCCAUAUUUUUUGCUUCUAAAGAGUGUUGACUUUAUCUCACUUCACUCUCACUCAGUCUACCAACAGACAUACCCUGAGCCCUGAGCAGGAUUAUGGGACUAGAAGUAGUAUUUCUAUUUUUACCAGUAUUUUUCUGCUCUAGUCCCAGCCAGUACCAGGCAGAAUGGAGAUUUGUGGUUGGCUUGGUUUUUAGAGAAAAGCAUUGCCAAAUGCCUCUGAAAUAAAAAGGAAGGUUGGGUUCAUUUUAGGUGACUCAUCUAAACUCAAGGCUGCUUUUGAAUUUUAUCCAAGCUGGUUCUUCCAUCUCUCUUUGCAAGAGUUAUUUGUAGGAAAUGGAGCUAAAUUGGAGUCACAUGUGCACAGGGGGGGUGUUGCAGGGCACUGGGACUCACCUGGCACGUGCAGGCAGGAUGGAACACGGUGGUGGCACAUGGUCAGGGAGAGCCAGAACCAAACCCUGGCUGUGAAUCCCUGAGCUCUGGGAAACCCAUGCAAGGGUGAGACUUGGGAAAUACCUGAAAGGGACCAAAUGGAUCCCAACCUUGGGUCCAGGCCCAGUUCUCAACACGACAAAUUUUAUUUUCAGAGAAUCCCUGAGAAACAUUUUGUGGAGUUUAUUUUUGUUGUUGUUUGGCUUUUGGGGUCAUGUUGGUGGAGUAUUUUGUCCUUUUUUUUUUUCAAUUACAACAUGGCUGCUUUUCUCUAUCUGCUUCCACCACUGCAGAGCAUGUAUGGAUGGACUUUUUUUUCCUUAGCAGGUGGCAGGUGAAAUCCUGUGAUAUUCUGUUUCCCUCUCAUACUGACCAUACAGUCACAGGAGGGCUGCAGAACACACAGCUUUUUUUCCUUUCUCUCCCUCUCUUUAAGACAGAGGGGCUUUUUCCUGAUUUAGUGUGAUGUCUAAUGAUGCAUCUGCCUAAAAGGAAGAAUGUCUAGGGAAUUAAUUGCACUUAAUUGGUGUUUUUAGAUAUGGUGAAGCAGGAGUAUUGAAUGUAAGAACAAGGAAGCCUGUGAGUGAUAAUUACAUGCUGAAUUCUGACAUGUGAAAUUGUUGUUAGUUUGCUUCUUAUUUAAAUGAUGGGUGAUCCAAGCAGCUUGAGCACCCUGGCAGUCCUAGUACAGCUGUGAUUAGCAAUUAGAAGGCACCCAGGGUCUUUUGGAAAGAGGAAACCUGUCUAGCCAAAACUCUUCUGUUCUCUGAAACGACACAUUCCCCUCCAUAACCCUCUGGAUUUUGUGACACUUCCUAGUCUGGAAGCCUAGUCUGGAAAGGAGGAUCAGCCUGCUGGCUUUGCUGUCACUAGCCUUUGUCUGCUCUCUCAGUUACAAAUCCUGCCCCAAGCUGAGGUGAGCAGCUGCCAGCCCUCAGCCUGAGCUCCUCACGCUGCUCUUGUCUGGAGAGCAGGAGCUGCCUUUGCUCAGGACCCUGUGGCUCCCAGAGCUGCAGAGCCACCACCCAGCAGUGCUGAGGGAGGGAGAUGUGCAGCUGACCUGGAACCUGAUGGUGGGUUACUGUCUGAGACCAUUCAUUGAGUUCGUAUGAUUUCCUCAUCAAGGACAAAGCUGCAAUAUAAAAUAAUAUAACUGAGAGGCCACGAUGUAUUUUCUCUUGUGGUUCAGAGGGUGGGGGUUGGAGGGGCAGCUGGGUUUAAAGUUUAGCUGGUAUACUUUAAACUCUGUGUACAUAACCUUGGAGGACACGGGGGUGGGAAGGGGUCCGUGGUUAUUUUGGUGGGAUUGGUAAACUUCAGGAUGUUUUUGUUUAAAGAGUAAGGUAUUUAAUUAAUGACAUUGUACAAAGAGUUAUUAAUUUAAAUGGUGCUUUUGUUCUCCUACCCCAGACCUGUCUAACCUUUCUUUUUGGCAAGCCUGCAGCAAUGCUGAUCAUGUUGACUUUUGUACCUUGGGGGAGUGUGUGAAAGGGGAGGGGAAAUGCUUUUCUCUUCAGACAAAUAACGUUGCCCAUAGUUAACUUCCUGCUUGGAUAUGUACCUUGAAUUCCCUUGAUGCUGAAUUUUUAUGUGAAGGUCUCUUCAAAGGGACAGAACAAGCAGAGGUUAUUCCAAAAGAUCUCAACUGUAUCAUCUUGUAAUAUAUUGCAGCUUUAUGCCAAUGAUUCCUUGCUUACCUGUACACAGUCCAUGCAUGUUUUGAACUAAUUUUGCAUUCUCCAUUUGUGGUGAGUUACUUAGCAUUUUAACCACCUUUUGUGCCAUUCAACUUGUACAGAAAACAUUUUUAUUGACGUUUUAAAGGGAGGGGGAAGAAAAUGAAAAGACCCCUUCUGCUCUCUAGUUGUAUGUAGAACUCAGUUACUUAGCAAACAGAUGUAGAUGAGUGGUUGUAGUGUUAGAAAUGUUGGCUUGCUCGUGAACAAGCUCUUGAGAGUAAAUGCAUGGUCCUGUACCUCUCUUUUCUUAAUUAGCUCUUCCUUUCCUCCUGGAAAGAUUCUCUCUCUCUCCCUCUCUCUUACUCUUGUCUCUCUCUCUCUCUCUCUCGUGGUUGUAAAGUACAGAUUUGGGCAUAAAUAAAAGGAUAAACAGCCAGGUUUGAAAAGCAGUUCUCAACAGGUUCUCUCGGGGAGCGUACUUCUCGCAGUGCCUUGCCUUGGCACGUUGAUCAGAUCCAGCUUGCAGGAUCCAGCACAGGAGGAGAUCAGCCCCCAGUGCCUCUGCCCGAGCUGGGGAGCGAGUGCAGCCUUUGGAAGUUUGGCUCUGCUGGAGGGUGAGGUGCUGCUGGGCCACUGCAGCUGAGGCAAGAGGCACGAGCGGCGUCGGCCGUGGCCUCCACUCCUGGUGCUGGUGGUGAUGUCCCUGGCACUCGUCCCACGGCCCCUGAUUUGCGGAGUUUGCACACACUUUUGAUUUUCCUGGAUACACAGCAAGGGGGUGGGGAUGGGAUAUGGGAAUUAUGCUGUUGGGGGGGUCUGUAAACAACUCCUUCUCCACACUCCUGAGCUCUGAGUUGAGUACAAGGGGCUUCUUGUUUAUUAGCUGUGGUUCUGUUGGCAGUGGAGGACAGAAAAUGGGCAAAGUCUUGGAAAAGAUGGGGUCACUCACAAAGACGCAUUUUGUAAGAAAUGGACUUAAAGAAACCCCAAAAAGCCGUGCCACAAAAUCACCAAGUGUACCUAGAUCCACACCUCUGUUCCCUAUGGCUCUUCUCCCUUGACAGAAUUUCCUUUUGUCAGAAGAUUUGACUAGGAAAAAAUUCCAUUUUUGUGAGGUGUUGUGAACUGUUUUUACUACUUGUAAUAACCAUCCCGGGUCUGAGUAUUCUUGUAAUGCAAUGCCAUGCAGCAGAGAACCUGUCCACUUUAUAGCUUUGCUCUCAAUAUUUGUUACUCAUUGUUUUCUCAUCUAAAUGUACAUUUGCAAGAUGUGUGUAAUGUCAUUUUCAAAAAAUAAAAUUUGGUUUCAAUAUUUAGGCCGA